AUGAUCGAGAUAGGCGGAUUCGGCGCAUUCUACCGAGCGAUUAUCCCCAAGUCCGGAUCUCUACUCGCCGUGAAGAAGAUAACCCCUGAUUCGAUCCAAGGGAUUAGGGAAUUCGCGGCGGAGAUUGAGAGUUUGGGGAGAUUACGGCACAAGAACUUGGGGAACCUUCAAGGUUGGUGUAAGCAGAGGAGCGAUCUCCUUCUCGUCUACGAUUACAUUCCCAACGGGAGCCUGGAUUUCUUCCUCUACGGCAGGCGGCAGGAGGCAGCGGCAGGCGGUGCCGGCAGUUGCUCUCCACUCUCGACUCUCGCGAUGCUGCAGAAGAGAAUGAGAGAUUGA